AUGGAUGAUGAGGAUGUACAACAGUUUUCUUUGCGCUGGCACAAUCAUCAGAACAGCUUGAUUGGAGCCCUAGGUCGUAUGUUGAGUUCGGGAGCCCUGACUGACGUCACAUUGAGCGCCAGCGGGACUUCUGUGAAGGCCCAUAGACUUGUGCUAGCAUCUUGCAGCCAGUACUUCGCUCAACUUUUUAAGGAGGUGGAAGCUGAAAACAACACACUCGUAGUGGUGCUCGGGUGUGAUGCUACUGAACUCCGUCUGCUCCUCACUUUCAUGUACACCGGAGAGGUGACAGCCUCCAAGAAGAUCCUCCCAUCCCUCCUACGACUUGCACAAACCUUGAAGGUUUCUGGACUUACGGAUGCCGAUACGAACUCAACACUAACGCCGACUGAAUCCGAAACUCCAGACGAAUUUCAUAGAACAAAUAUACCUGAGUCUCCAGUUAAUCUUGAAGUCAAGAACGAGCCAGCACCCCAAGUCAUUAACGACAACUCCAGCUCUAGUUCCAAACUCAAUUACGACGACAUAAUAUCACCAACCAAUGAGAAAGAAGGGAGUUUUGCCGACUUUAUGGGUAAAAGUGAAAAGGAUCGACUUAGCAAAUUGGAUCAAAUCGUCCAAAAUUUGUAUAGCACGCACAAGAUUGGCAACCCUACUGCUACUCUGGUGAAUUCUGGAGUUACAGAAAUACCAGAGUACGACAGAAAAUGGCGGAUGAAUAGCUCGGUAUGCACAAUCUGCAACAAGAGGCUGUCGAACCAGUACAACCUGCGCGUGCACAUGGAGACGCACGCCGGCCGCCGCCACGCGUGCCGCGCCUGCUCGCACGUGUCGCGCUCCAGGGACGCAUUGAGGAAACAUGUCGCCUAUAGACAUGCUCCCCCGCAACACAGGGCCGGACGAGGUGACAUGUGA